GAUCUUGAAACAAAUGAAAAUUAUAUAAAAAAUAAUAAAUCUAAUUUAGAUGAUAAUUUUUGGGAAAAUUUAUUUACUUUAAAUGAAGAUGAAUUAGAUUUAUUAGAUGAUGAUAAUGAAUUAAAUUUAUUAAAUGAAGAUAAUGAAUUAGAUUUAUUAGAUGAAGAUAAUGAAUUAGAUUUAUUAAAUGAAGAUGAAGAUAUGGAAUUAGAAUCAAAUAAACUUGAUGAAAUUCAAAAAUACUAG